AUGCGUCGACACAUCCUGCAGUGCUAUCUGACGGUAGUUAGCAUAUUGUUAUUUGGCUUCGCUCAUGCCGACCAUGACUUAAACCUCGAUACCCCCAGCGACGGAGCCGGUCUCCCAGUCGCGCUCGACUCCUUCAACGGCCUGGAACUUCGCGACGACACCGACGAGAACGGCCUCUCCAACGGGCUUGAUCUUGUUCGCCGAUACCCCAAUAACGCCAAAUCUCUCGGAAACAAUCGAUUCGAGAAGCCCACCCUGAAAAUCGGCGAGGUAUUGUGGUUCUACCUGCCCAAGGACGUGGUGAACGGUCCCCACGGUGCCGCGGGGGUGGGACUUCCUGCCUACGUGUCCGACAACAAUGACGAUACAAGUUCAAGCCAUGAGCUACGGAAACGAGAAUCCGCCAAGCGAGCGACUACAACGGUCUACAUAUCGUUGACAACCUGCAGCAAGCCACACGCCAACAAGACCAGCGCGCAUGGCGCAUUCCCCCAGUUGGAGGUUUAUAUCUCAAACUCGAAGGAUCUGGAAGAACCAGGACCGGGCAAGGACGAUGCUCUCCAGGUCAGACAUACCGCAGAGGGAGGGUACCUCGGGAUCACGAAGGAUACAGACAGCGACGUGUUCAUUGGGGUUGCGGCGCCCAACACCACGGAAUACACUGGUGCCUACACGUUCCAAAUCGCAGCCUCAAUCGACGAGUACUUUCACAAAUGGGUCAACGAGACGAACCUAUAUUUCAUUGACGCGGACAAUUCGGCUGCGCUGCUCGUCACGAAUAAUCUGACGGAGUCUGAGAGUAAUAGUACGAAUUACCAGCAAUGGCUGAACAUGGUACCGCCGUUUACGAUGUUUGCGCACAACGUGAACAACACCGCACUGACAGGCCUGGAACGAUCCUUCUGUGCCCUCGACAGUCUGUCUCAGGUCGGUCGAAUCAGCAAUAUCACUGAAGUUGGUAUGACCAAACGAGGCCUGGGCAACAAGCCGAAAGAGCAAUUCUAUAUCACGGGCCUGAACCGAAGCUCCUCCUACGAGGGUAUCCUCGCAAUGGUAGGAAACUCGACUACAUCGGGCAAUAGCAUCGUCGGCGGCGGCGGAUCAGUCUGGAAGCCAAUGACGUUCGAAACAAAAGCAGAUGACAACUGUGCCGUCCUCUUCAAUUUAACGUUCUGCUCCGAGGUCGCCUACGCCGUGCCGUCAAAUCCAAACCUCAGCGUGGACAAACUACGCACAAUCUACGACGACCACGCCUCGAAAUACUACAAGAACUUCAACUACUCGCUGCAGCAAGUACAAUGCAAGACAGACGACGAAUCAAUGUUCUCUUUGGCAGUCACUUGUGACGACUGCGAAAAGGCAUACAAACAAUGGCUAUGCGGCGUGACCAUCCCCCGGUGCGCAGACUACUCAGCCACGGAUUCUUUCCUUGCUGUGCGUAACGCAGGUCAGGAUUUCAUCAACGGCACAUCAUUACCAAGUGAUAGUCCGUACAGGAUGUCCACCGCGACCAACAACUCGCGCAAUUCCAUCAUCGAUGAGCUCAUCAAACCAGGCCCGUACAAGGAAAUUCUACCUUGUCAGGAUGUUUGCCACACCCUCGUUAAGAAUUGUCCUACGACGUUGGGCUUCUCCUGUCCCGAGGGUCGGUGGCUUAAUGCCUCGUAUGGAUACCGCAACUCAGGCGGGGAUAUCACCUGUUCAUUUAUGGGUGCUGCAUAUGAUUUGAAUCUUGGGGUUAGAGUCGGCAUUGGGGCUUGGUGGGUGGUGUUGGCUGCAUUGUUGUUUGUUUAA